AUGCCCAAUAAGGCGUCGCUUUGAGUACCACGUUAGAAAAGCUCUGCUUCUUGACGGCGCCCCUCCCUCUCUUCUUCCCAACCUCCGCCUUCGGCUGUGACAAGUGGUGGUCACCAACGUGGAGAGCGGAAGCUCCUCUGCUCUCUUGCGAACGGACUGAGCCGAGGCAGGAGCAGGAGAGAAGGCGCGCGGGCGGCGACGGUUUAAGCUUGGACCUUCUGCCUCCCGCGAGAACGGGAGCGGCGGGGACCAGACGAACGUAAGGCGCACGCGAGGCUGCUGGGUGGCGCCGAGUUCUCACCUGAGGGGAAGUCACCUCUCACCGCCCUUGCUCCCCUCCCCGCAACCACUGAGGGUUGGGGGUCGCCAACUGCCCUUGCGAGGGAGACGCUCUUGGUCAGUCCAUCAGUCAUAACCGGUCUGAACCGGAGUGCGAGGAGGAGCUACCGCCGCCACCGUCAUGGCUGAAACCGAGGAGAGGAGCUUAGACGACUUUUUCGCGAAGCGAGACAAAAAGAAACGGAAAGAGAAAAGCAGCCGGGGAAGUGCCACUGCCGCGGCUUCCUCGGCCGCUUCUUCCAACGCCGCUGCCGUGGGUGGGACUGGGGGAAGCCGGCAAGCAGAAGGGGCCCAUGGAGCCGCCUCUAAUGCUAACCCGGCCACCGGCGCUGCCAAGGCAGCAAACAAGGAAGAGGAUGACUGGAAAGAAUUUGAGCAGGAAGAAAUAAUUGACUACAGUGGUCUCAGAGUUCAGUCCAUGCAAAUUAGUGAAAAAGAUGAAGAAGAAAGUGAAAAAAGAGAAGAACCAAGGGAUAAUAGUGAGGAACCAGGUGGAAGUGUGGAAAAAUCAUCUGGUCCUUGGAAUAGAUCUGUUCCUACACCAAUAGCUGUUGCUGAAAUUAUUGAAAAUCCAGAGCCAGUGCAAUCCAGUGGAGUAUAUAGACCACCUGGUGCAAGAGAAGGCAGGACACGAAAAGUGCCACAAGGACCCCCAGAGAUCUAUAGUGAUACACAAUUUCCAUCAUUGCAGUCCACUGCCAAGCAAGUAGACACUAGAAAGGAUAAAGAAAUGGAGAAGAGCUUUGAAGUAGUAAAACACAAAACUAGAGGUAGGGAUGAGGUUUCAAAAUCCCAGGCAACUAAACUUCAGCUAGACAACCAAUAUGCUGUGCUUGGGGAUCAGUAAAGCUGCACACAUAUUACAAUUAAGGAAUGGUUAUUUGACACACUUCCACUCUUAAGGUAACUAAACCACACCAAUUAUGAACAUGCCGUCUUGUUUCUGCUGGAUCUACUGCAACAAGUGCAGACUACUUUGACGUAAGUGAUUGCUUUUCUGCACUUUGGAAGUAUACUUAAUUUGGUACACCUGGCUUUCUUCUUUGGAUUAUGAGGGAAAUUAAUGUAAAUGGUUGAACAAGAGUUCCCAGUGUUUUGAUUGCUCUGCAGCCAGUGGUUAUUUCAAAUUUUUUUAUGUUCAGAUACUGAGCCUUCGUAAGGGUUGACUACCUCAGACUUGCUGCACUCAUUGUGGAUACCAUGUGGAUCACAACUUCUGGAAAAGGUUACAACUCUUUGGUGGCCAUCUGAAAAUCGAAACCAGCUCUACUGGAUUCCUCUAAGAAAUCCUGCAGAAGUCAGCCAUCUGAGUUGAUAAUAUAAAAGACAAAUUUAAGUGACCUUAAAUGAGCAGUUUGUCCUGUGCCCCAUUUAUUAUAUCCUUUCAUAUGUAGCCAUAAUUUACUAGGAACCUCUAAUGCACACAGAUUUUUUUUAAAAAAUAUUCAGCAUAGUGUUGAAUUUACUUCUUUUAAUUUAGUUACCAGAAAAUAAAUACACAUCCAGAUAGAAAACUUAUGGACGCUAGUCUAUAUAUUAACUGGCUUCAUCUGUGUAAACUCUUCAUUUGAGAAAUAGCUCUCCAAGCUUGAGAAAUUGCAAUAUAGUCAAAUAGCUGCAUGGAAUAUGCAACUAUAUAUACUUCUCUUUUUCUUUAAUGGAUCUCAAACAGCUAGGUUUUCUUUGGAUCAGUGGUCAAUAAAUGUUUGCUCCUGUAAUAUCUGGGGCUUAUUUUUGAGAAGUUCAUGCUGAAUAUUUAGCCUUAGCAAUCUGUUGGGAAGUAUCAGCUAUUGCUCACACACACCAUUAUAUUUGCAGGAUGGAAGUACUGGUAUGUGUAGUGAAAAAUGUCCAUUGUUGUGGUUUCUUACUGUUUGAAAUUUGGAUAUAUUUUGGGAAUAAGUUGUUGCAUUUAUGGCAUUUUUUUCCUCCUGCUGCCCAAAGAUUAAUGGCAACUUCAGUUAAAAAUCAGUCUCCUGACCAGUUAUAUAACCAUUUAUUUGGGCAAAUAUUAUUAUUAUAGUAUUUGAAUACUAGUUUGUGCUAUAUUGUGCUGUAUGACAUUGACUGUGAAUAGAAGUCAGACCAGCUCCCAAAGAGGUUCUUGCUUCCUGGGUAAAAAAAAAAAAAAAAUCUUUAUUUUUCUUCCAAUCUGAAUCUAACAUGGCCACUGCUGAUAUGUCUUUCCAAAUGUCCAGCUGUUUUCUGGAGUCUUGAGCCAGGAUUUAGACAUCACAAAUGUAUUGCUUGUGAGGUAGAUAUGUACUUUAUAAAAAUAUGACUUUGCAAUUAAGGACUGGUUAGGAUAUGAAAUCAUUGCUUUAAAUGAAGAACAAACUGCUUAGAAUGUUUUAUUCCUAUUAAGAAUUGUGAGAUAUAUUCUUCUAAGUAGUUGUGUUUUAUACAGAUGCAGAACCAGGCCACUAGAUGCUCAGAUCACUGGAAGUAAACUUACAGCUGACACCAUUGAGUUGUGUAUCUUUCCUGAAUGUUGUCUAUUUGCCAACAAAGCCUUUGCAGGGUAUUAAAGCUGAAGAACUAAGAUUAUGUGAAACUUACAAUUUUAAAUUCCAGCUUUGACAUUUUAUUAAAAUUGUUACACAUGAAUCAAGUUUUAAUAUACUGUAUGAUAGGGUAGAUGAAGCUGUCCUUUGUAUUCACUUGAGUUCUUGGGCAUAGUUGGCAGAGCAAGUUAACAUUGUAACAUUAAUAAAUAUAAUAGAAAUGUA